AUGAUGGCUCACGAGAUACCCAUACAGGUUCCUCCGCCGAACCCGCCGACAUCAAAGACCAACAAGCACAAGCCUGUUCCUCAGCCGAUCCGCCAGCUACCUAAUGGAGAAAUGCCCAACUUUGGACCCGCCAAGGAGAGGAAGUCCAAGCAGCAUCCCCAGCAGCAGCAGAUCCUCCCUAAUGGUGAGAAGCCCAACUUUGGCAAUGAAUCUAAGGCAGGAAAGAAGAAGCUGAAGAAGAAGAGCAACAACAACAACAACAACACAAAUCCAAACACAAAUAACAAGGUCCUGACUAAUGGACUGGCGGGUAAUUCUACUGCUGUAUCCAAAUCUGCACAGGCCAACCCCGAUGACAAGUCUAAGAAGGGCGAGGGGGGCUACGCUGGGUCGUCGUUCCAUUCUUCGCCUGAGGCGCUUGGCUUGCCAAAGCCAUCAUUCAGAGCUUCUCCGAAGCCUACUGGUGCCAACUUGCAGGCUCAGACUCCUCAAACGCCUAGUCAGAUGCAUUCCCCCGUCAACGGUGGAGUGCCCAACUUACACAAUGCGUUUUUCUACCAGGGAAUGCCCCCAGCGGGCCCUCCCCGCUACCCUGUCACAUCAUAUCCACCUUCGGGUCCAUACCAUCCAGGGUUCAACUACAACGCCAAUGCGCAAGGCUUCAUUAACUACCUGUAUCCACCUACUGCUGUGCCCCAACCACCAAUUCCAAUGCAAUCAUAUCCGCUUGGACCUCCAGCACAUCUGUUUGCACAACACCUGCAACAGCAGCAAUAUCAGCAACCUCAGGCCCAGAAGAUCACCUUCAACGAGUUGAUGGGUUCGUCUAAGUAA